AUGAAUCAAAAGCAACAUAUCGAAGUGGCUCUAUCUAAGCAAUCAGAUCAAGUUAGGACUGAAUACCGAACUCGCUUGACUGCAUCCAUUGUUUGCAUUAUAUUUCUUUUGCGUCAAGGGUUGGAAUUUCGUGGUCAUAAUGAAACUGAAGACUCGAAGAACCAAGGUAACUUUCUCGGACUUCUUCAUUUUCUAGCUCAGCAUAAUGAACAUUUUAAGAGUGUUGUUUUGAAGACUGCACCUGUUAAUCUUAAAUUGAUAGCACUAGUGAUUCAUAAAGAUAUUGUGAAUGUUGCUGCAAAUGAAACCACAAAAGCUAUCAUUAGUGAUCUUGGAGAUGACAUAUUUUCAGUUUUGAUUGAUGAGUCUCGUGAUGUGUCAAUUAAAGAACAAAUGGCUAUUGCCAUACGUUAUGUAGAUAAAAAUGGUCAUAGUUUGCCAAGAUUACGUGGACAAGGUUAUGACGGGGCAAGUAAUAUGCAAGGAGAAUUUAAUGGUCUGAAAAGUUUGAUUUUGAGGGAGAAUGAAUAUGCUUAUUAUAUUCACUGUUUUGCUCACCAACUUCAGUUGACACUAGUAGCCGUUGCAAAAAAUCACAUUUCUGUUACUUCGUUUUUCAGCUUAGUUACUAAUUUGAUAAAUGUUGUUGGAGGUUCACGCAAGUGUCGAGACAUGCUUCGGGAGAGCCAAGUUAAUAAACUUGUUGAAGCACUAGAAAUUGGUGAAGUUGGCAAGGGACGAGGUUUAAAUCAAGAGACAAGUCUAAAACGAGUUGGUGAUACACGUUGGGGAUCGUAUUAUUAUACAUUGAUCAACUUAAUCCUUUUGUUAUCCUCUGUGGGCGAUGUGCUUGAGGUUAUUGAAGAAGAUGGUUUAAAUCCUAAACAAAUGGGUGAAGCAUAUAUGCAACUUCAAGAAUUUAACACUCGUUUCACUAAGGUUAGUACUGAGCUGCUUCUUUGUAUGACAUGUUUAGAUCAAAGUAAUUCAUUCUCUGCUUUUGAUAAGCAUAAGUUGAUCCGUUUUGCCCAGUUUUAUCCAUUUGAUUUUUCUGCAUUUAAGUUGAUGCUACUUGAGAACCAGGCUGAGACUUAUGUUAUUGACAUGCGUUCUUGUGAUGAAUUUUCUAAAUUACAAGGAAUUGUUACGACUGCGACUGUGACUGUUGAAAGAGCUUUUUCUGCAAUCAAUCUAUAG